AUGGAGCUGAUGUCUUCUGAUCAAUUGAAGUCAGAAAUGGUACGUUAUGACCAGCACGGGCAGGAGCUUGAAAAUGAGAAUCAACAACUUCAGUUGGAAGUAUCUAAGUUGGACCAACAAAGCGAAUUACUGAAACAAAAGAUUCCACCGCUACAACUAACUGCGCCAAUAUCUGGGAUUAGCAUCCACCUAAAUGCUAAAUGGAAACAGAGUGGUCAACGUGUGGCUGGAGGAAACAGUUAUGACGGUGAUAAAUUUCAUCUCCAUCACCCACAUGGUUUUUGUGUGGAUGAUGAUCAAGUUCUGUACAUCGCUGACUCUACCAAUAAUCGAAUCUUAAAAUGGCGCUGUGGUGCAAUGAUGGGCGAAAUAAUUGCUGGUGGAAAAGGAAAAGGCGAUGGAUCUGCUCAGUUAAAUCGUCCAAGCGAUGUUAUUGUUGAUCGAACGAGAAGCAAUCUCCUUAUUUGUGAUUAUCAGAACAGAAGAGUAGUUCGAUGGCGUCUUGGAGAUAGUACGUAUGGUGAAACAAUAAUAUCAAAUAUCGACUGUCACGGUCUAGCAAUGGACAAAGAAGGAUAUCUUUAUGUUACAGAUUAUAAAAUGAAUGAAGUCAGAAAAUACGAGAUAGGCAAGCCUGACGGAAUACUCGUUGCAGGCGGAAAUGGCAAAGGAAGCCGACUAAAUCAGUUAGAUGGGCCUCUCUACGUCUUUGUUGGUCGAGAUAAUUCUGUGUAUGUAUCUGACGAGAAAAACAAUCGGGUAGUGAAAUGGAAGACGGGAUCCAAAGAAGGUGUCGUCGUGGCUGGAGGCCGAAACAGAGGAAAUGGUCUUGAACAAUUGUCAGAACCAGGUAAAAUCUUUGUUAGUCCAUGGAAUGCUGUUUAUGUGGCCGAUUGGGGGAAUGACAGAAUAAUGAGUUGGCCACAAGAAGCAACCCAUGGUCAUGUCGUCGUUGGAAAAUCUAGGCGGCCUGUCAGUUUAACAUUCGAUCAGCAUGGCAAUCUUUAUGUUGCAAACCAGUGGGAUCAUGAGAUACAAAAAUUCGAUAUCGAGCGAAAUUGA